AUGUCCGCCAUCAACGCCUCCGAGCUUUACCUUCCGGGGAUUAUAGCCAUAUUCUCUGCGUCUCUGUAUUACUUCCUCAUCCAGCCCGCCAUCCUGUCACCGUUGGUCAAAGUCCCAAAAGCCCAUUGGAGUUGCUCAAUCUCCCCCGCUUGGAUUCUCCGGGCUAGGUUCGAUGGCAGGGAGAACCGUACUCUGUACGAGGCACAUAAGCAACUCGGGCCUAUUGUUCGCGUCGGACCCAAUGAGUUGAGCAUCAACAACAUCGAGGCAGUCAAGACUGUCUACCAGGGUGGUUUUGACAAGCACCAGUGGUACUCUGUCUUCGACAACUUUGGAGUUCCUUGUAUGUUUUCAUCUGUGCAGGGAAAGCAUCAUUCCGCCAGGAAGCGGAUAGUGUCACAUGUCUAUUCCAAAUCCUACAUCAACACGUCGGCGUCCCUUGCGGCCCAGUCUGAUGUAAUACUGAACUCCAGACUGAUGCCCCUGCUGGACUCGUCCACGUCAGAGAGCCAAAUUCCACAUGGACUCGAUGUUCAUUCACUAUUUUGUGCUGUUGCCAUGGACUUCAUAUCCGCGUAUUGCUUUGGCAUCCGCCGCAGUACCAACUUCAUCCAGAACAAGGCGUAUCGAGAGCAUUGGUUGAAGCUUUACACGACCCGUAAGGGAUAUGGUUUCUUCGCCCAAGAACUUCCUCUGCUUUCUAAAGUUGCCAAUUACCUUGGAGUCAACCUGACUCCUGACUGGGUCACCGCCACGAACCGAGAGCUGGAGUCAUGGUGUAAGAAGCUCAGUGAUGCCACUGUCACUGCCCUGCAGAAAGCAGAAAACGUCACUCCCAACACUGCGGAUGAUCCGGUCGUCGUACGCGCCAUUCUGUCAGGCUUCGAGAAAGAGAAGGCCAACGGGCCAGAAUCACCCAUCUACUCGACUGCAAUCCUCCAACCAGAGCUAUCGGUGGCAUCUGAAGUCUUCGACCAUGUAUUAGCCGGUCAGGAAACCACCGGUGUGGCUCUGACAUACUUAUCUCACCAUCUCUCUCAAUCGCUCGACCUUCAACGUCUCUUAAGGACCGAGCUCCUAUCACUUAAGCCCAACCUGAGCCUCCAGCAGGGCAAGAUCGCAACUUCAGACUCGAAGCAGCUUGACAAUCUGCCAAUACUCCAUGCCAUGAUCAUGGAAACCGUCAGGAGGUAUGCACCAGCCGGCGGUCCGGAACCUAGAGUCACACCCUCACCCUCUUGCAAUAUUGGCCCCUACGAAGUUCCUGGUGGAACCAGAGUCUCGGCUUCUGCAUAUAAUAUCCAUCGUGAUGAGAAUAUCUAUCCGGAUCCCGAGAAGUGGGACCAUACCCGCUGGCUGUCGGCCGAAGCAGUCGACCGAUCGAGAAAGCACGUCGACAAGCAGUUCUGGGGGUUCUCAUCGGGCGGAAGAAUGUGCCUUGGGUCCAAUUUCGUGAUGCAUGAUAUGAAGCUCACUAUCGCGGCCAUUUACUCCAAUUACACUACCCACAUCGUUAAUGAUGAAGGUAUCGAGCAGACCGAUGCCUACACGGGUCACCCAAAGAGCAAUUCGUUGUAUAUUCGGUUUGAGAAGCUCGCUUGA